UAUUGUUUUUGAACAAUUUUCUUCACUAUGAUUCAAAAUCAUGGAGCAUAUGAGAUUGUAAGGAAAAAAGAAAACUUGGGAAGAUGCAUCGCAUUCAGACCAAAAGGAUUCAAGUUCCACAAAGCAAAGCAUCCUCUCUUUCCUCUCUCACUUUUCCUUUUACUCUACCAGGAAAGAUACUGCCCAAAUGACCAAUCCCUCCAAGCAACACCACCGCCAGUAGCACCGUUUCCAUCACCCCAAGAACCUUCAACAAUGCCGGAAUCUGACGAUUAUCCGAAGGAGCCCUUUUCGCUGGAGCCUCAAAGAACCUCCUCGUCCGGCGGAUCCUCCACCACCAGCGUCCAUGUCACCGCCCUCGACGGCCUUGUGAACGUGAACUCCCUUUUCACGAUUGCGGUCUUCGUCGGCCUCUCUCUCACCACUCCGGGCCAGCACAGCCUCGAGAACCCCUCCGCCUGCGACGCAGGUCUCGAUGUCGCCAAGAAGCUACUUGUCUUCGAGGUGGUAUCCUUCAGCUUCUUUCUUUUUUCCUCUCUCGUCGCGCAGGGCCUUAAAUUGGCCAUCAAUUUGUUGAACAGUAAGGAUGUGGAUGAAAUCUUCCGAGCCCACAUCAAUUUUAAGGUUUUGAGGUUCGGUAUGCUGGCUUCCGCCAUCGGUUCGGUGAUGGGGUGCUUGUUCUUGAUGCUGUCGAUGGUGAAUGUGAUCGAGAUCAGGCUGGGAAUGCUGUCCUGUGGGAGCAAGUCCACAGUACAUGCCGUCACGGCUUUGAUUGUUCUAGUGACCUCUGCUCUUGUUGUUUAUAUUUCAACUGCUGUGUAUGCGUUUCUACAUUGAAUCAGCUGCUGGGGAAUGUGUAUCUUAUGGGUCGAUUAUCGAUUAUAAUUGUGAUAUACUUUUCUUUGGGAUACAUUGCAACUAUGUUAUGUUAAAAUUUCAUGGGAUCCAUCUUUCAGUGAUUAGAAAAAGUUUAGUAAAAAUUUUAUGUCA